GUACUUCCGGUUCGCCAUGCUGCAGGCUUGGCGGCUCCGGGGCUGAGGAGACUCUGGUGUUCCCAGUGCUGCGCUGUGACCCGCUGCCGGAAUCCGCCAUGGAUGCAGUGACCUAUGAGGAUGUGCAUGUGAACUUCACCCAUGAAGAGUGGGCUUUGCUGGAUCCUUGUCAGAAGAGUCUCUACAAAGAUGUGAUGCUGGAAACCUACUGGAACCUUUCUACUGUAGGCUACAAAUGGGAAGACGAGAAUAUUGAAGAACAUUGUCAAAGUUCUAGAAGACAUGGAAGGUACAUGAUCUAUCACUCUGGAUACAAGCCAUGUGAGCGUAAAGGAUAUGGAAAGAAGCAAUGUACCUCUGUCUCUCCUAGAAAAAAUAGGAGAUAUGUAGUAGUGCCCACUAUGAGAAGACAUGGUGAUCAUGAUACAAGGGCAGAAUUAAUUGGAUUUCCAACUUCACCGGAAAUACAUCAAGAAACUCACAUUGGAAAAGAGCCUUGUGAGUACAAGGAAUGUGGAAAUUCUUCUGUCUGGCCUGGUUCACAUUGCACAUGUAAUGUGACUCACACUAUAGGAAAAUGUUAUGAAUUCAAUCAGUAUGGUAAAACUCUGAGUUCUUCCAGUUCUCUUCAGAGAAGUGAAAAAACUCAUAUGAGAAAAGGAUGUUGUAAAUGUGAACCAUGUACAAAAGGCUUGAACCAUCACAAGUUUCUUCAAACACAUGAAAGAAUCCAUAAUGAAGAGGAAUCCUGUGAAUGUAAACACUGUGACAAAACAUUUACAUCUGGUUGCUCGUUACAAUUACACCAAGGAAUGCAUUUGAAAAUGAAACCUUAUGACUGUAAUCAAGAUGAUAAAGACUUUGCAUGUCAAAGUUAUCUUCAAGUGCCCAGAAUUCAUACUGGGAAGAAACCUUAUGAAUGUCAUCAAUGUGGAAAAGCCUUUGCGCGUCCCAGUGAACUUAAAAUACAUGAAAGAUGUCACACUGGAGAGAAGCCCUAUGAAUGUAGUCAAUGUGGUAAAACAUUUGCAUAUCCUAGUAGUAUGCAAAGGCAUGAAAGAAAUCAUACUGUUGAGAAACCCUUUGAAUGUCACCAGUGUGGUAAAGCCUUUGUACAUAACAGUCAUCUUCAAAGGCAUGAAAGAAGUCAUUCUGGAGGGAAACGCUAUGAAUGUAAUCAGUGUGGUAAAGCCUUUACACAUAAUAGUCACCUUCAACGGCAUGAAAGAAGUCAUACUGGAGAGAGACCCUAUGAAUGUAAUCAAUGUGGUAUAGCCUUUUCAUCUCGCAGUAAUCUUCUCAGUCAUGAAAGAAGUCAUGCUGGAGUAAAACCCUUUGCAUGUAAUCAAUGUGGUAAAGCUUUUGCACGUAAGACUCAUCUUCAGUAUCAUGAAAGAAUACAUACUAGAGAAAAAUCCCAUGAACCUCAUAAAAGAAGUAAAACUUUGCAUACAAAGCAAAGACGCCGCCAUUUUGGAAAUACCAGUACCAUGGGGUGUCCACCAAAAUCAUCAGCAGUGGUGAAGUGGAACCAGUCAGAGCCUAGGAGAGAAGUUGUGGGAACUUCAGAGGGUGGAGCCAGAGAAGUGACCCAAACCCUUUGGAGAAGCCCUGAAGGUUGUGAGUGGAUCCCAGUCAUUAAUAGUGGAGUUAUUUAUACUGUUGGAGUUUGUUUUUCUGUUUUGCAGAAUGUGACUACCCUGAUUCUUCCUUCUUGAAGGGAGAAGGUAUUUAACUUAACUUUGAUUUUUUAAAAAGCCAUAAUUGAAAGACCUUCAACUUUUAAUAGAGACUUUGGAUUUUUAGUGAGAUUGGAUAUUUUUAAAGAAAAAUUUUAGUGUGUUUGAAUUUGUAAAGAUUGUGGGACUUAUUAAAGCUAUUUAUGUUUUUAA